CAAGCCCUUUGGGACACCAAUCUCUUCUUGUCCCUCUGUCACUUUCCCGCACCAACUGUUCUCUGUAUUUCACCUGAUUCCACCAAAUCGACAAAGAAACGCAUAACGAUCGAUAUAUCAAUUCAUUAUAAUCUUAUCUGUGAAUUCGGAUUCCGAUCCAUAGAAAUCCCCGACCAUCAUUACUGACGAAUCAUAAUCAGAUUUAGCGUUUUCGUCGAAGAAGAAAUGCGUAGCCGGGGAUCCAACAACCGGCUAUCUUCUUCUCGUUCGUUGUUUCAAUGGCGAAUUUCAUCUCUCAUUUUAUCGAUGUUUGCCACCAUGGCUGCCUUCUUCGUCGCCUGCCGAUUGUGGCAGGAGGCAGAAUCUAGGGUUUAUCUAGUUAAAGAGCUUGAUAGGAGAACUGGUCAGGGGGAGUCUGCCAUAUCUGUUGAUGACACAUUAAGAAUCAUAGACUGCAGGGAACAACAAAAGAAGUUAUCUGUGCUUCAAAUGGAGCUAAACAAAGCUAAGAAAGAAGGAUAUGUUUCAAAGCAUCUGAUAGAAACUAAAGACACAAAUGAAAAGAAGAAGAAGAAGCUUUUAGCUGUUGUUGGAAUUCUUACAGGAUUUGGGAGAAGACACAACAGAGAUGCAAUCCGUAAGGCAUGGAUGCCUACUGGAACAACUCUUAAAAAACUGGAACACGAAAAGGGUAUAAUUAUUCGAUUUGUUAUAGGCAGAAGCUCGAAUCAUGGAGAUAAUUCAGAUAAGGAUAUUAGCAAUGAGAACAAAAAGACGAAUGACUUCCUUAUUCUUAAUGAUCAUGUGGAGACACCCGAAGAACAGCCAAAAAAAACUAAGUUGUUCUUUGUUGAUGCAUUACAACAUUGGGAUGCAGAGUUUUAUGUGAAAGUCAAUGAUGACAUUUAUUUAAAUAUUGAUGCCCUUGGUGCUAUUCUUGCAAGUCAUGUAAACAAGCCUCGUGCCUAUAUUGGGUGUAUGAAAUCCGGUGGUGUUUUCUCCAAACCAAGCGACAGAUGGUAUGAACCAGAGUGGUGGAAAUUUGGAGAUGGAAAAUCAUAUUUCCGACAUGCUUCUGGGGAAAUAUUUGCAAUAUCACAAGCCUUGGUUCAAUUCAUCUCAAUCAACAAAUCAAUACUUCGUACAUAUGCUCAUGAUGACGUCAGCGCUGGGUCAUGGUUCAUCGGACUUGAUGUGAAGCAUGUUGAUGAAGGCAAAUUUUGUUGCUCAUCUUGGUCUUCAGGGGCUAUAUGUGCUGCUUCUUGAGAAUUCCUACUCAUUAUUGUAUCGACUUCAAUUAUGUUAUAUUUGAGAUUCAAAAUCCGGAAUUUAUGUAAACGAACAUUAUGUUAUAUUAUAUUAAAUUGAGUAAUUUGAGACAA